CAUUUACGACUGAACUGAGCGACUUACAGUACAAAUGAGUGUGUUGUGUUUAGCUAAAGGAAGGGCAAGCAAGAUAAAAGAAGUGAUUGUCUUUAUUAUCUUUGACUGAAUAAAGUGCUUGUUUCUUGGUGAUAUGGCCAACCCUCUGAAGGGUGAAGUUAUCAGAGUUUACAAAAAUCUGCUGUAUCUUGGACGUGAUUACCCUCAGGGAUCAGCCUAUUUCAGGGAGCGUCUGAAGAGGGCCUUCAUGAAGAAUAAAGAUGUGACCGACCCCGAAAAGAUCAGGAAGCUUGUGGCCCGUGGCGAGUUUGUCAUCAAGGAGCUUGAGGCUCUUUAUUUCCUCAGAAAAUAUCGUGCAAUGAAGCAGAGGUACUAUGAACCAGAACAAUAAUUAAGAAGAUCGGGCCUCUGAAAAUGGAGAGACUGUAUGAAAAAUUAUUUUUUCUCAUCAAUCAUCUUCAACUGCUUACUCCAAUUAAGGGUCAUGGGGGACUGGAGCCUAUCCCAGCAGUCACAGGGUGUGAGGUGGGGUACACCCUGGACAGGGCACCAGUCUGUCGCAGAGCCAUAUAUAGACAAACACAUUCACACCCGCACACACACACACACCUAAGCACAAUUUUUUUUAAAGUUAACAGUCCACUUAACCGGCAUGUCUUUGGGUGUGUGAAGAAGCCGGAACACCCAGAGGGAACCCACGCAAACAGAGGGAGAACAUGCAAACUCUUCACAUACAGGCCACAAGAGGGGAAUUGAUCUCAUGACCUUCUUGUUGUGAGGCAACAGUGAUAACCACUAAGCCACUGUGCUGCCAAAAUGAUUUUUUUUUUUUGCAGUCAGAUGCAUAAUUGUUCAAGAUGUUCUAAUAGUUCAGAUUUCCAGCUUUAAUAGAGUUUACUUAUAAUAUAAUAUACAUAACUUGUAUACAAAAAAAUUCAGUGUUUAAUUUCACAAUACAAGGAACGAGGUGAUUUGUACUCAUUUAAUGUGCAGAAAAUGUUAUUUUUCUCAUCAGUAUAGCAAAACAAAAAAAAAAAUCUUUUUUUUUUUGCUCCUUUUUCACUUAAAAGAUGUGCCAGAAAAUGUUUGUUUUCAAGCCUUUGCUGCUGGCAGUUUUUCUCCAAAUAGUCUGGAAGACAGACUGUGUUUUUUUUUUUUUUUAAAUCAAAUCAAAAUAUGUACUUUGCCAUACAAGAUCAUGGUGAUCAGCUGGUUUUAUGUUGGAUAAUUAUCAAACAUAAAAGCAGCUGAUUGCCACAAUGUGAAUUAUUGUAGUGAAUCACACAUUCAUCUGUAAUCUACAGAGAACGUGUUAUCACACUGAAUCAAAUCACUCAACAACAUGACAGCGCUGUCAAAUGUAUUUCAGUGCAUAUGUAAGCACAUGGUCAGAUGUCUAAAGGAGCCUCUAAUGUCCAUGACUGUGUAUGCAUAGGUACGUUUUUUGGAAAAUAAAUAUAGCAAAACUGUAAUAAAUAAUAUCAGUUCAU